CUGUGUCACACACCCUCUACGUCAGACUACUCCUGCCUCAAACUUUUCUCCCUCAUUCGGUUCACUCACGGCUGUCACCUUCUCCUGUAAAGUUGCCCCGGGAGAAUGAAGGAGGACAUUCUUGAAAUGAGUAGUAGAACGAAUGAGAAAUUCCGUUUACACAAAGGAUUCGAUAGAAAAUAUUUGCACAGGUAAACUUCACCUGCAGCCUUUCACUCAAGAUGGCCAGCCAGAACAAAUGCUACCAUGAUGAGCCCAUGAGCUUCUUCUACAACAACAGCAACCAGACCAAAGACGACUGGAGCUCCACACAGCUCAUUCUGGUCCAAGUUGUAGGCUCCCUCUUCUGCUGCUUUAUCCUGGUGUCCAACGCCAUGGUCAUUGCUGCCAUCAUCACCAACAAGAGGUUCCACUACCCGUUCUACUAUCUCCUUGCCAACCUGGCCGCUUCAGACUUCCUCGCUGGUAUAGCCUACGUAUACCUCAUGUUCAACACCGGGACGGUGUCCAGGAAACUAACUGUGAGGGGCUAUUUCAUUCGUCAAGGGCUUCUGGACACCAGUCUCUCAGCCUCUCUGGCGAACUUGCUAGUGAUCGCCUUGGAGCGCUACAUCUCUGUGAUGGACUGGAAGGUCCACAGUAACCUGACCAAGCGGCGGGUGACCCUGCUCAUCGUGCUGGUGUGGGCCAUCUCUAUCUUCAUGGGCGCCGUGCCCAGCCUGGGGUGGAACUGCAUCUGCAACCUUCAGGACUGCUCCCAGCUGGCGCCCAUCUUCAGCCGGAGCUACCUGAUUUUCUGGUCCGUGUCCAACCUGGUUUUGUUCCUGGUCAUGGUGUCCAUCUACCUGAGGAUUUACACCUACGUCAAGAGGAAAACGGCGGUGCUCAGCCCGCACACCAGCGGCUCCAUCAACCGCAAGAGGACACCCAUCAAGCUCAUCAAGACAGUCAUGACUGUGUUAGGGGCGUUUGUGAUCUGCUGGACGCCGGGCCUGGUGGUGCUGCUGCUAGACGGCCUCCAUUGCCAGCAGUGCGAGGUGAUGCUCUUUAAGCGCUGGCUCCUCCUGCUGGCAGUACUCAACUCGGUCAUGAACCCUGUCAUCUACUCCUACAAGGAUGACGAGAUGUGGACCACCUUAAAGAACCUGCUUCGCUGCGUGGGCAAUGGCACCCGGCGCCAGCGCUCGUCCAGGGCCAACGCCCGGCCUCUCAGCUCAGCCCAGGAGACGGGCACCACGCCGCAGACCUCUGAGGAGAAGGAGACUACCAAGGGCUCGGACGCCCAGGGGAUGCUCAAGGCCUGAACCAAGACCUGAGGCAAGCAAGGCCGUUGUGGGAGUGUCUCUACAAGUGGAUGUAGAGAGACAUAUAAAGACACAGAUGGGUCUUCCAUGGUCCAAUGUUGUCUUCAGUGUAGCUGACUGGUUUAAAGGGCAGCUCGAACUGGGUCUGGGCCUUAGUGGAGGAUUCCUCGAGGAUGAAGGGCCAUCCUUACUCUGCCCAAUAUGGGAUAUUAGCCUGCAAACUAAGGGGGCGACUACAGUAUAUCCAAAUGGCUGACGAAAGAUGUUGUGAUAUGAAGUAGACAGUGGUAUAAUGGUACAUUUCCUGUUUUUACCUCAAUAUAUUUUUUUAAGAUCUUGAAAAGAGUAACUGAUGCUUUUUUCCACCGUAUAACCUUUAAGUCUCAUGGAUUUCUUUCAUCAGGUUAUUAAUCUUUCCCUUAUUUCCUUUUGAAAACAAAGUACUGUACUUGACGAAAUAGCAUUGUUCAUAAUACAUCAUUGUACUAUAUAUCGUACUAGGCUUAUUAGGAGUUAAAGAUGGUUUUCAAGUCUCAUUGUUCCUAUUUUUGACACACACAGGGAAUCACAAUCUACUGUAUUUGGCUGCUAACAUCCCUGAAUGUUGUGUUAAUGAAUUGACAAAUUCCUUUCUAAUGGAAGGAAAAUGUGUGUCUCUCAACUAGAAUAGAUAAGCACUAGUCCCAAUUUGCUCCUUCCCCUUGCUCUUGUCCCUUACCUUAAAAUGUUUGCAGAUCUGAAGUGUCAGUGUAGUGGUGGAGUGUCCGCCAUAUUGUGUGCCUUACAAUCUGCUAACAUCGAAGGAUUAGGGCCAAUGGGUUAACGAGGGACGAUUAUUUGGAAACAUGUCACACUUUUCUAAUGUCAAACUGCCUGAGAUACACAGUAGAUGGCUAUUGGCACAACUGUCAUUUUAAAGGAAGACCGUUAAAUCCACCUUGCUUUGACAGUCAGUGGUCCAUGCAGUACCCCAAAAGGAAGUAAUUUCUUUUGCCAGAUGCAUCAUCAGUACAGUAGUCACUCCCUUUAACACUACUCUAUGUACAGUGCCUUGAAUUUUUUUCAAAUUUUGUUGUUACAAA